UGAAGAAGCUCCUCGCGCCAAAAUUUCAAACAAAAGUAGCUGUGUUCUAGGGUUCUUCUUCCUAGGGUUUUUCGGCGCGAUGGGGGAGCUGCUGGUGAUGGCGGCCAUCGCGACUUGCGUGAAGAUCCUACUUGUUCCAUCCUACCACAGCACGGAUUUCGAGGUGCACCGCAACUGGCUGGCGAUCACGCACUCGCUCCCUGUCGAUCGGUGGUAUGUCGAUGAGACCAGCGAGUGGACGCUGGACUAUCCCCCAUUCUUCGCGUGGUUCGAGCGCCUUCUGUCGGCAUUUGCAGCGGUGUGGGAUCCCAGGAUCGUGGAUCUCAGCGCAGGGAAGAAUUACGCCAGCUCUUCGUGCGUGUUGUUCCAGAGGGGGAGUGUGAUGGUAGCAGACAGUGUGCUCUACCUUGGACUGUGGAGCUACUGCAAAGGUAUGGCACCAGAUAAGAGGAAGUUGGUCUAUGCAGUGGUCGUGUUUUCUCCCGGGCUCUUGAUCGUCGAUCACAUCCACUUCCAGUACAAUGGAUUCCUUCUGGGGAUUUUGCUGCUGUCUCUGGCAGCGCUCAAGCAGGGAAAAGAUCUUCUGGGCGGAGUGAUUUUUGCCGCCUUGGUCUGCUUCAAACAUUUGUUUGCCGUGGCUGGGCCAGUUUACUUCGUCUAUUUGCUUCGACACUACUGUUCUGGCCAAAGAAGGCUGCGCAACUUUUUCCAGCUCGCCAUUUCGGUGCUUGGUGUUGUGGUGUUCGCUUUUGGACCCUUUGCUUACUAUGGCCAGAUCCAGCAAGUUUUAAGGAGAUUGUUUCCAUUUGGACGAGGAUUAUGUCACGCUUACUGGGCUCCAAACAUCUGGGCUAUGUACAACACAGCAGAUAAAGCUCUGUCUAUCCUUUUCAAGGCUGCUGGUUUUAAAGUAAAUUCCACCACCGCGGCUUACACUGGAGGACUCGUGGGCGAGUUUUCAUCUUAUGCGGUUCUUCCAAGCAUUACGCCGCUGAUAACAUUCGCCAUGGUGUUAUCAUCGCUUGUCCCUUGGCUUUAUAAGAUUUGGAGAAACCCACAGCCUUCCAGAGUUGUCUACUAUAUCACAUAUGCUUACAUGUGCGGCUUCAUGUUUGGCUGGCAUGUCCAUGAGAAAGCGUCACUUCACUUUGUGGUACCAUUCAGCCUGAUCGCAGUGGAAUCAAUGGACAAUGCAAACGAUUAUCUAUUCCUUUCGACAGUUUGCUACUACUCGCUUUUCCCCCUGCUCUACGAGGCCCGCGAGUAUCCCAUUAAGGUGUUGGUCCUGCUUCUCUAUUCCACGCUUCUGUGGGAUUGCUUUUCAAACUAUUUCAGCGUCAAAGUGGACGGCAAAGGCGAAGACAAAUCAAAAGCGUCACGACAUUCAAGGACAGCGUUGGGAAGAUUGAAAUCAAGCUAUUUGGCCGGAAUGAUUCUUAUAGAGAUAUACGGUCAGUUUGGACACCGAUUUCUCUUCCCGCAGCGGCUCGAGUUUCUACCACUGAUGCUGGUGUCAGCUUAUUGUAGCAUAGGCGUCUUCUAUAUAUGGGUGCAGUGGUUUCGGUCUGGGUUCUCCAUCCACGACUGGUCUACUCUACCACCUCCGAAGGACAAAAAAUUUGGAGUCUAGUCCUUGAAUGUAGAGCUAAAAAUCGAUGAUGCGAUGACGGCACAAGUCAACUCUCCGCAAUAUACAUUCGGAAAAUGUCGGCA